AUGUCUCGAGAUGUUGGUUUGUGGGCAAAGUCCUGUAUCCCUUGCCAAAAAUCCAAAAUUUCAACUCACAUUCAUUCUACUGUUCCAUCUAUUCCAGUUCCAAUCCGAAGGUUUUCUCACGUUCAUGUUGAUAUUGUGGGUCCUCUACCCUCCAGUCAAGGCCUUUCUUAUCUUCUCACCAUGAUAGACAGAACUACAAGAUGGCCAGAGGUUGUUCGGUUAUCCUCUAUCUCCGCUGAGUCCUGUGUUUGUGCCUUCAUCUCAACCUGGAUAUCAAGGUUCGGAGUCCCUGCAGUUCUCACAUCAGACAGAGGUUCCCAGUUCACAUCUUCAAUCUGGAAUGGAGUCUGUUCUGUUUUGGGCAGAUUAGCAGGUUCAGACUGGUUUUCUCAUCUUCCUCUAGUUCUCUUGGGUUUGAGAGCUACUCCAAAGGAUGAUACUGGCCCCUCAGUCUCCGAGGCUGUGUAUGGUUCUCCUUUAACCUUGCCUAGUGAACUUGUGGAUGUUCCGGAACUUCCUCCUGAGUCAUUCCAGAGGAAGGUUGACAGAGCCAUUGAUGGUUUCGCCAUUCCUCCGCCUCAUCAUGUUUGUCCUGUUCCUCCAUCUCAGCUACCUUCGGCCCUCUUGACAGCCAAGUUCGUUUUUGUUCCCCAGGAUGCAGUUAUACCAACUCUGGCUCAUCCGUAUCCCAGACCUUACCUGGUAUUAGAAAGGCAGAGUAAAUACUUCCGCCUCCAGAUUGGUUCCAAACAAGAUGUGGUUUCUGUAGAUUGCCUGAAACCUGUGUUUAGUGAUGCUCCUGUCACUCCUGCUCUUCCUCCGCCUCGAGGAAGACCCAGCCGUUGUCCAGUGGCAAGUUCUUCAGAUCCUCCGCCAUCCUCCACCGGACAAAUACCCAAGAGAGUCAGGUUUCAACUCGUUCCUCAAAUUCUUCCUCCACCUACACCUGCACGUCAUAAUCCUUACAGGACUUCCAGGGAUAGAAGGAUCUGUUCCGCCACAUCUCUGCCAUUCCUUCUGGGGGGACUACUGUGGCGGUUAUGA